CGGGGCCGGGCCAGGGCGGCGCUAGGACCGAGCGAGCCGGGAGGGAGGGAGCCGGGCGGAGCCAGCGCCCCCCGCCCCCCGCGGCCUGCUCCCCUCCCCCGGCCGCUCGCUCGCUCGCUGCGCUGCAGAGGCUCCGAGGCGGCGGCGGCGGCGGCGGCGGCGUCUCCCGGCUGCACCCCCUCGCGCCCGGCCGCUCCGUCCGUGCGUCCGUCGGUCCGUCCGCGCGCGCGUCUGUUUCCCCCCCCUCCCCUCCGCCCCCCGCCUCGGCAUGGCCGGCGUGAGCUUCAGCGGCCACCGGCUGGAGCUGCUGGCGGCGUACGAGGAGGUGAUCCGGGAGGAGAGCGCGGCCGACUGGGCUCUCUACACUUAUGAGGAUGGUUCGGAUGACCUCAAGCUGGCCGCGUCAGGAGAUGGGGGCUUGCAGGAGCUCUCGGGUCACUUUGAGAACCAGAAAGUGAUGUACGGCUUCUGUAGCGUCAAGGACUUCCCGGCGGCUCUGCCCAAAUAUGUGCUCAUCAACUGGGUCGGGGAAGAUGUGCCUGAUGCCCGCAAAUGCCAGUGUGCCAGCCAUGUGGCUAAAGUGGCAGAGUUCUUCCAGGGCGUGGACGUGAUCGUGAAUGCCAGCAGCGUGGAAGACAUAGAUGCGGGCGCCAUCGGGCAGCGGCUCUCCAACGGGCUGGCGCGGCUCUCCAGCCCUGUGCUCCACCGGCUGAGGCUGCGCGAGGAUGAGAACGCAGAGCCAGUGGGAACCACCUAUCAGAAGACUGAUGCGGCAGUGGAAAUGAAACGGAUUAACCGCGAGCAGUUCUGGGAGCAGGCCAAGAAGGAGGAAGAGCUGCGGAAGGAGGAGGAGAGGAAGAAGGCCCUGGACGAGAGGCUCAGGUUUGAGCAGGAGCGGAUGGAGCAGGAACGGCAGGAGCAGGAAGAGCGGGAGCGACGCUACCGGGAGAGGGAACAGCAGAUAGAGGAGCACAGGAGGAAACAGCAGACUUUGGAAGCUGAGGAGGCCAAGCGGCGGCUGAAGGAACAAUCUAUCUUUGGGGACCAGCGGGAUGAAGAGGAAGAAACCCAGCUGAAGAAGUCAGAAUCCGAGGUCGAGGAGGCAGCGGCCAUCAUCGCCCAGCGACCCGACAACCCGCGGGAGUUCUUCAAGCAGCAAGAACGAGUGGCCUCAGCUUCCGCCGGCAGCUGUGAUGCGCCCUCGCCUUUCAACCACCGGCCAGGUCGUCCGUACUGCCCUUUCAUUAAGGCAUCGGGCAGUGCGCCUUCCUCCUCCUCCUCUUCCUCCUCCUCCCCUCCACGGAUUCCCUUUCCCUAUAUCACCUGCCACCGCACCCCAAACCUCUCUUCCUCCCUCCCAUGCAGCCAUCUGGACAGUCACCGCAGGAUGACGCCCACCCCCGUCCCCGCCCGCAGCCCCACGCACUCCAGCACGGCCUCCACUCCCAUUUCCGAGCAGAUCGAGCGGGCCCUGGACGAGGUCAUCUCCUCGCAGCCGCCGCCACCUCUGUCCUUACCGUCCCCACCUGCCCAGGAAAUCCAGGAGUCCAGCCCUGGCUUGGCUACUGAAGAGGCCACCGAGAAACUGGCCGAAGCAACACCUCAGGCUUGGGCCGGCCCCACAGAGGAGCCCCCCCAGGCCCCAGGCAGCUCUGGUGAGGACUUGAUGUUCGUGGCGCUUCCCGAACCAGCCGCCGUCCUGGGCGCCCCUCAGGAGCUGGCCUUGACCGACAGCCUGGCUGACGACGCCGACACUGCCAUUGCCGACCCUGGUGUUGCCAACCCCACCGCCAGCCUCGUCGACCUAUGGUCCAGCAAUGGCGCCGGGGCCUCUGAACCCCAGGCUGAGCCGAGGGCCCCCACCCCGCCCUCGGGGGCUGAGGUCGCCCUGGCCGAAGUGCCCCUGCUGGAUGAAGUGGCUCCUGAGCCACUGGGGCCGGCAGGCGAUGGCUGUGCCAACCUUCUCAAUUUCGAUGAGCUGCCGGAGCCACCAGCCACCUUCUGUGACCCUGAAGAAGACGUCGAAGGGGACCCCCUGGCCGCUCCUCAGGUCCCGACUCUGCCCUCAGCUCUAGAGGACCUAGAACAGGACCCGGAACUGGAGGCCGAACCCCACCUGCUUACCAAUGGCGAGACCCCCCAAAAGGAGGGGACCCAGGCCAGUGAAGGCUACUUCAGCCAAUCACAGGAGGAGGAGUUUGCCCAAUCGGAAGAGCUGUGUGCGAAGGCUCCGCCCCCUGUGUUCUACACCAAGCCUCCAGAAAUUGACAUCACGUGCUGGGAUGCAGACCCGGUACCCGAAGAGGAGGAGGGCUUCGAGAGAGGUGAUUAGUGGCGGCGCCCACCCUCCGGCUGCCCUCGCCGAGGUCGCCCACCCGCGCCUGCCUCCUGGCCACACGGCCCGGACGCGUCUGCGCCAGCAGCUGCCCUGCCUGGCCCCCCAACUCCGGAUUCCGGCCCUGGCCGGGGACUUGGCCGCUUCCUGACCCACAGGGCCCCCACUUUUACAGCUUUUCUCUCCUCUUUUUUUUAAAACUUGAUAGACUUGUACAGUUGACCGGUUUUCCUCCCGUUGGUAGUUGAGACGCUGUUGCAAAAAUGCCGCCCUCACCCCUCCCCGCCCCUCGCCCCCUGUUCCUCCCCCCCCGCCCCCCGCCCGGUCCGGAAUGUAGCUUAGUGAUUUUCCUGUGCGCUCAGCGGGCUGGGGUGGGGGGACUUCCCCCGGCUUGGGGCCUGUCGUGGGUGUGGGGAGAGCUCUGGUGGGAAAAAAAAUGUCCCCCCCUCCCCCUCUUUCCUAGUUUUAUGUUUCUUGGAAAAAUAUCACUUUGUAUUCUCUGUCCAGGGCUUCAGAUAUUUUGCACGAAUUUUAAAACAUGGCAAUAAAUGGCUGGUGGGCCCUGACUCCCUGGGACCCCGUCCCCCGCCCCGCGCCCUCCUUCCCCAACUCUUGAUCGUCCUCCCCGCCUGGACCAGAGGAAUUAUCAGGCCCUGCCGGGGGGGCCCCAUGGCGUUCCAGCUCCCCUCCUGCUGGGCAGGUCCCAGGCUGGAGGCCCUAUGCUUGCGCUUCAGGUCAGGGCGCGGGGUGGGACCCGGGGGCUUGCGCGACCCCUUUCCAAUUCCUCCCUCUUUGCUUGGGUUCCUUUUUCACGUUCAGUACCUGUUUUUUGGAAAGCACAAAAUUUAUGUAACGGGUCGUGCUCAUGUCUGUUAAUAAAGAAAUCCAGAUCCC